GCCGGCGGGACGGCGCAGCCAUUGGCUCCGGCGCGGCAGCGCGGCCCGCAGCCGCCGCCGAACUAUUUCCUGUUGCCGCCGCCUUAACGCUGAACAGACCCCGCUGCUGCGCGGCCCCCGGCUCCCGCCGCCCGCGUCCCCGGCCCGCAGAUGCGGAGCACCCGGUGCCCGUGGCGGCCCUGAGUGCCGCCGGAGCAGGAUGGAGCCCCGGCAGCGGGCGAUGGAGCUGCUGAGCAACAGCAUGGCCGUGUACGCCCACAUCCGAGCCAACCCCGAGAGCUUCGGGCUCUACUUCGUGCUGGGCGUCUGCUGCGGGCUGGGGCUCACGCUGUGCCUGCUGGUGCUGCGCCGCUCGUGCCGGCCCCGCGCCCGUCGCCCGCCGCCCCGGCCCCGCGACGGCGACGACGACGACGACGAUGACGAUGACGAUGAGGACGAGGAGGAAGAGGACACCGUCGACCGGGCAGCCUCCGAGUCGCUGCUGCCAGCGACGGAGCUGCCACCGGAGAGUCCCGGCCCCGGGGAUGUCGACGUCUUCGCCUCGGCCGAGGAGCUGGCGCGGGCGCAGCGGCUGGAGGAGCGCGAGCGCAUCCUCCGCGAGAUCUGGCGCAACGGGCAGCCCGACCUGCUGGGCGCCGGCCGCCCGCACCGCUACUGAGCCAGCUCGCCCCGAGCCCUGCCGUGGGAGCCGCCAGGCCCCGCGGACACGUUCCCAGGCCGCUUCCCUCCGCGGUGAGCUCCUGCCUUCCCACUAAAUUUAGCCCUUUCCGGCGCCUGACCCAGCGUGUCGGCAGAGGGGGGAGCGGCUGUUUCCCGGCGCUGCUGGGCCGGGGGUGCCCGACCUGCACCCGCAGCCCCCCCGUUUCCCCCCCGGCAGCCUUGCAAAAAAUAGCCGCUUCCCAGGCCAGUCCCGUCCCGCCUCCACAGCCCUAACAGGAUCCAGAUGUUUUCCAGAUGUUCUCCCAGCCCCGCGCCGUUGGCGGGAUGCCAGAACAAGGGGGCUGGUGCCAGCACGCCGAGCCGGGGGCGGCGGAUGCGCAGCCCCGCCGUGGGGCCGCCUGCCCGCGCCGCCGUGCACGUCCCACUCCCACGGGAACCCCGACCCACCCCACGCGCCAGGCAGGGCUCUGCACCCAGAAUAGUUUAUUUUACAUGGUAUUUAUAAUGAAAAGGGGUUGCUAGCCAUCCUCGGGGCAAUGCAGCCGCCCGGCCCCGCGGCAGCACCGUGCCCUGCUGCGCCACGCGGAGCAGGGCAGCCGCGGCGGGAGGGCACCGACAGGCCGAGCAGCACGGACGGGGUGGCAGUGGCAGCUACCGUGAUGCUGGGGAUGAGCCCGGAGCAGGCACGGGUGGUUCUGCAGGCAGCCGGGGGCUGUGGUGAGGCUGCCGGCUGGAGCGCGCUGGGCACAGAGAGCAGCAGCCACGCCGAAGGAAGUCGUGAAACCGCUGGGCGGGAACAAGGGAAGGGGAAGGGACUGAGCAGUGGCCCGGCCAAGCAGCCAGGCUGCCCUGGACUCAGCGCGGCCGGGGAAACCGAGGCAGGCAGCAGCUACACUUUAGGCUGCAGGGAGGCAGGAGCAACUUCCCCAGCUCCUCCGGAGCAGCAGGCUCCUGCCGCUCCAGCCCCCCCGGGCCCCAGGGCAGCUCUGGGGCCCAGGGCAGCGAAGGCCCGUGGCAGGGAGGGGAGGGGUGCGUGCACGGGAUGGCAGCAGGCGCCAGGGGAGGUGGGACACGAACUGCCCGCAGUGCAGGGGAGGCUGCAGUUCUGGUUUCUAUUGCUGUGUGCGGUCAGGCCCGUCGCUGCACGCCUGCAGCCUUCACUACAUAGGGGAAGCAAAAGCUAAACCAUGAAGGGUCCAAAAACCUACACAACACAAGCUGCACAAGGGACCAUAAGUCCCUUCGGAGAAUUCAAGGGCCAGAAAGAGGGUGUUAGUGGUACAUCUUCAUCAAGCAGGCCUGGUCACCCUUGGUCCAGGCCAACACUAUGAACAUGCUUUUAAACUAAAGCCCUUUAACAUGGCAAUACAGAACCAAGGUAAAACAAAGAAAGUGGCUGCUGCUUUUUGUGCAACUGGCCCAGAGACGUCUCAUGUCAGGUGCUAAUUCUAAGUUAGUAAUGGAGUCUUGUUUAUUGUAGACUGAAAGAAUUUGUUCCUUGGGUUUAUUAAUUUUAGCUGAGGGAACAGUGUCUCAACAGCUCAAAUUCAAAUGCAAAGGGAAAUAUGAACUGUUAAUCUAUGCUACCGUCUCCACUGCUAUUUGCUAAUACUGUUAACUAACACGAAGUUAAGCAUGCUUUUCUGCAGUGUAGACAGACCCCCAAAAUUAAGCACAAGCUCUGCUGCUGGACACACCUAACAUCACACUUGUAAAUCUCAAGCAACAAGGAGCUAAGAGAACUAUAACCUUCCUGUGAAGUAGCAGCAGCAGUGGAAAAAACUGACACCAGCAAAUGCAGUGACCAGCCCACUCAGGUACAGUGGGCAAGCAGUCAGGUUUAGCAGUGGCAUAAAAGGGGGCUGCCUGGAGCCUUGGUCUUCAAGGAGGACUUCAGUUUUAUGGGAUGCAUGUAGCUGUUCUUCCUCUUAAGUCACAAGUGUGAUAUGCAACCUCUACUUCAAGGAGGAAUGGGGAACCUGGCCCAGGGCUGUAUGCAUCAUUUCCUCCCUUCCCCCACGCAAUUACUUUUAACAAAGGGGUUUAAAAGGUCUCUUAAAUGCUUAGAGAAAAAAAGAUUCCUCAUCCUUAAGAGAUACUGGGAUUUACCUUAACUGUUGCCAGCCAAGCAAGCCUCAAGGCUCCAUUUCACUGAACCCAGAGACAGCUAAAUGCUUUUUUUUUUUUUUUUUUAAACAGGGUUUAGUUUUAAUUAGUUACUAACUUAGAAAGCAGUUAGGUUAAUGAUAAAAAAACAAAAAAAAAACUCUACAUAGUGCCUGGUUCUUCUGCAGUAACAUACUACUAAUGCAAGCUAAAGGAUAAAAAUUGCAUCCUUUGUUACCACACCUAAACACCUCCUGAAAGAAUAAUUGCAGGUAACCUGUUUCUAUACUUCCUUAUUUGUGUUACGAUGUUAUUUGUGUUGCAAAGCCAGUUUUUCUCCUUGCUUCAAAGUGCAAUAUUCCAUACCUGGAGAGCCGUAUAAAAUGGCAGCAUCGACUGUUUCACCAGAAGAGUAACUGCUUGCAAUUGCUGCACUUAAACAGCAGAGACAACCCCACAGACACCAUUUUGAGCUUCCUCUUUCAUUACUGUCACCUAGUCCAGUUGUCUUUCAGGAUCACCAUGUAUUAAAGCUUCCUUCAGAGCAGCUCUUCUGCAGUUCCACACUGGUGCUGACUACAGAUGUCUGUUCCUUUUGGCUUCACCAAUCAAUUCAGAAGGCAAAUGUCUGGUGACAGAAGAAGCCUCAGACUCAGAACACAAAACAAAGCAGAGUUACACCUACUACUUAUUUUAUUGUAUUUUUAUUUGCAUAAAACAAACUUUAGGGGGUUGCUAAACAGGAACUGUUCAAAUCGAAACGAAUCAAACUCUAGUUGGUGUGUUGGGGGAACAGCACAGCAAUCCUGGGAAAGGGAAGGCAAAGAUGGAGGGACAGGGAGAGCAGUGUCUUUACAACACGUGCACACUCAGCAUCAGUGUGUGAACAUGCCUCUCCUCCUAAGAAGGCUCACUGAUUUAGCCAAAGAACUAUUUGCAAACUUCCUCAGUAUAUUUUUAAGAUAAAAAGAAAUACACCAUAACUGCCAUCCUUAACCAGCACAGGAGGGAUCUGCCUUUUGUUUUAUAAAAAGAUUAAUAAAAAAUAUUGAAAAAU